GAUGGACUGUCUCCGUGCCACUGGUUGACAGUGAGGGUCAUCCGCAUGAAAAAUGUCCGACAGGCUGAUAUGGUGAGCCAGACGGACUGCUUUGUGAGCCUCUGGCUGCCCACUGCCUCUCAGGAGAAGCUGAGGACUAGAACCAUCUCCAACUGCCCAAACCCAGAGUGGAACGAAAGCUUCAGCUUCCAGAUCCAGACUCAAGUGAAGAAUGUGCUGGAGCUGAGUGUCUGUGAUGAAGACAUAGUGACACCAGAUGACCAUCUCUUGACAGUUCUCUAUGACCUCGCCAAGCUCUGCUUCAGGAAGAAAACCCAUGUGAAGUUCCCACUCAAUCCAGAGGGCAUAGAAGAACUGGAAGUGGAGUUCCUGCUGACGGAGAGUCCCUCCCCACCUGAGACCCUCGUCACCAAUGGCGUGCUGGUGUCUCGACAAGUCUCCUGCCUAGAGGUUCAUGCAGAAUUCACCAGGCAGAGGAAGAGUAAGAAAAUGAAAGACCUCUUGGUGACAGUGACAGAAUCCUUUGAGAACACCCAGCGCAUCUCACCCUGCUCAGAGAGCUGCUGCCCUAACCCUGCCUGCUUCCACUACCCCAAGUACUUCCGGCCCCAGUUGCACAUGGCAGUGCCCAAGAGUCACUGGAACUGUGGGUUUUGCUGCUGUGGCACACACAAUGACAGCCCUGUCUGCCAGCCCCUCGAUUGCCUCUCUGAUGGACAGGGGCUGACCCUGCCUGCGGGCGAGGAUUGUGAAUUAUACGUGAAGUCUGCCCCCUGCCCCGACACGCUGGACGUGCGGCUAGGCUUCAGCCUGUGCCCAGCAGAGCUGGAAUUCCUGCAGAAGCGGAAGCUGGUGGUGGCCGAGGCGCUGAAGCAGGUGCUACAGCUGGAGGAGGACCUGCCUGAGGACGAGGUACCACUGAUAGCCAUCAUGGCCACCGGGGGCGGAGCAAGGUCCAUGACCUCCAUGUACGGCCACCUGCUGGGGCUGCAGAGGCUGAACCUCCUGAACUGUACCAGUUACAUCACUGGCCUGUCUGGGGCCACCUGGACCAUGGCUACUUUGUACAGUGACCCUGAGUGGUCCUCCAAAAACCUGGAACCUGCCAUCUUUGAGGCCCGGAGACACGCGGUCAAAGACAAGAUGCCUGCCCUAUUCCCAGACCAGCUCUGCAAAUUCCGAGAGGAACUCCGGCAACGCAGCCAAGAAGGCUACAAGGUCACCCUCACAGACUUCUGGGGCCUGCUCAUCGAGUCCUGCCUGGGGGAUGAGAAAUUUGAAUGCAAACUGUCUGAGCAACGUGCCGCCUUGUGCCGGGGUCAGAACCCCCUGCCUAUCUACCUCACCAUCAAUGUCAAGGAUGAUGUAAGCAACCAGGAUUUCAGAGAGUGGUGCGAGUUCUCCCCCUACGAGGUGGGCAUGCAGAAGUACGGGGCCUUCGUCCCCACUGAGCUCUUUGGCUCUGAGUUCUUCAUGGGGCGGCUGAUGAGGAGGUUCCCUGAGUCCCAGAUGUGUUACAUGCUAGGUUUAUGGAGUAGCAUCUUUUCCCUGAACUUGCUGGAUGCCUGGAAUUUGUCUCAUACCUCAGAGGAGUUUUUCUACAGGUGGACGAGGGAGAAGCUGCAUGACAUCGAGGAUGAACCACUCCUACCAGAAAUCCCUAAGUGUGAUGCCAACACCCUGGAGACCACAGUAGUGAUUCCGGGGUCAUGGCUGUCCAAUGCUUUCCGGGACAUCCUCACACAUCGGCCCUUCGUGUCUGAGUUCCACAACUUCCUGUCCGGGCUGCAGUUGCACACUGACUACCUCCAGAAUAGCCAGUUCUCCGUGUGGAAAGACACAGUGCUGGACAACUUCCCAAACCAGCUGACAGAGUUUUCCAAACACUUGUGUCUGCUGGACACUGCAUUCUUCGUCAACUCCAGCUAUGCACCUCUGCUCAGGUCAGAGAGAAAGGCCGACCUCAUUAUCCACCUCGGUUACAGCGCUGGGUCCCAGACAAAGCCCCUGAAACAGACCUGUGAAUACUGCACGGUGCAAAACAUCCCCUUUCCAAGCUACGACUUCCAGCAUGAGGACAAAUAUCUCAAGGAGUGCUACCUGAUGGAGCAGCCCCAGGAGCCUGACGCUCCCAUUGUGGCUUUUUUCCCACUCAUCAAUGACACCUUCCAAAAAUACAAGGCACCAGGUGUGGAGCGGAGCCCUGAGGAGCUGGAACUGGGCCAGCUGGACAUUUAUGGCCCGAAAUCUCCCUACGCCACCAAGGAGCUGACCUACACGGAGGCUGCCUUUGACAAGCUGGUGAAACUCUCAGAGUAUAACAUCGUGAAUAACAAAGACACACUCCUGCAGGCCCUGCGCCUUGCCGUGGAGAAGAAGAAACGCCAGAAGAGCCAGUGUCCUUCCUAGGUCCCAGGAAGUCCUAUGGGAUUGUGUCUGCUUCUGCUGUCAGAGGCAUGGCCCUCGAAGGCUGGCCCUGCUCUCUGGCCAGGGUUCAGGCAGGCUGGCCUGGGCUUUCUAGCAAAAAGUUAAAGUUUAAAAAAGGGAGAGAGACAAAGGGAAAUUACAAGGGGUGUGUGGUAUCUAAAGAUGACUGGAAUUUCCUUCACUGCUUCCCAGCAGGGAAGGGGGUCUGAUGACCACCGGUUCCCACACAUACCUCAGGCAUGGAGAGAGAAAGUGUGUCUGAGAAAGUAGUCGGUUCCCAAGAGACCUCAGACUCAGAGCUCAAAGCACAGGUCCCCAGCUCUCCCCACUACCUCCUCUUCCGCCUCCUGUGGCUGUCCUAGGGGACCGCACAGGAGGACUGAGAAACACUGGAUUUUGCUGGGGAAAAAAAAUACACACACUUUUUAAAAUUUAGGGUAAUUGUAUUCUUAGGCUUUUUGUCAUUGAUAAUAAGCUGUGAUUUUUACUUUAUGAAUGUGGUAUUAAUUAGGAAGCCCAAUGCCAGAAGAGCAAGAUGGGGUGCUAGAGACAUCCUGGAUCUGUCAAACAAAGCCAAACAGGUAACCAUGUCAAUGCUCCUGAUCUACUCAGAGUCCUGGGCUGCUGAUGUAUGCCAUCUUUUCCAGGCUCAGGUCGAGGUACCCAGCGCCAGUGAAGUGCCAGGGAAAGUCAAGUCUGCAGCUCCGGCUCACAUGCAGGAUCUGGGAUGCAGUCAGUCAGGGAGGUUGGGAUGAGCCACAGGGAAUAGCGCCAAGUGGUCAUGCUUUCCAGUGUCACCAUUGCUCAUGACAUAUCUGCCCCAGCAGCGCCUAUCAGCUGCCUCAUCGCCCUGUCUCUCUGGCUUCCAGUGGGGUUAUUUAUUUCUAAGUGUGAUUCCUCUUAUUUGAAUGUAAACAAUGGCCAGUACAUCCCUGCUGUCAUACAGUGACUCAGAAUGAAGCUAGGAAAGAUGGACUGAGAAAGUCAAGGUGAGUGCUCUGAGAAGGAACACAUCUCUGGGGGAGCCCAGGAACUCAGAGAAGUCUCCCUGCAGGCUGGGGACUUCUGUGAAGAUCAACAUAAUGGAAACUACUGAAAUACCCAAGUUGAAAGAAGGUGAAAGGCGUGGGGUCCAGGCAGAGCCCAGGAGAUAAGCAAUGUGCAGCCCUCUUUCUAAAAACAGGUGAAUGUUGAAAGACAAAUGGUGACAGGUGCCCAAGGCUUAGAAGAGUGGGUUCCUGUUUCUGUCCUUGCCCCUCAGGGUAUAGCAGGGAGCCACACUGAAUGGAACCUGUGUUGUAAGGAGACACAGGCCUCCUCUCCCACCCUGCCCUAUGCCCAGGUAAUUCUUGUGCCUGUUAAAAUUUGCAGGGAGGGGAUUUGUCCGUCUCCCCUGUGGCUCCAGGGAGACCAUGGGUUCAUGGAUUCAUGCUUUCCAAAAUUACAGGAGAGAGGUACAGUGGCUCACCUACAAAACUGGUCCCCACCCAGUUGGCACUAAUCUGAAAUGUCACCACUUUUCCCUUCCAACUGCAGGGAACGGGCUCUUUAGAACAGGAAAAGCCAAGUGCUAGACCUGAAUUCAUGCCCUGGAUUCAUUGGCACAUGUAAAAUGAAGUUUAUAAGGUCGCUGUAUUGAGCCCUGAAUAAAGUGGCCAUGUGGGUAAAUAUUGUCACUGCUUUCAUUAUCUGAUACUGCAAAAUGUGCAGGAAACCUGUCCUCACCCCUGCCCUGGCCUCCACGAUCCGUUCCUCCCCCAGGUUCCCACUUGCAGCCGCUGGAGGUAGGAGUAGGCCGGUUCCAUCCCAGGCCUCAGCUGGCUUUGUUUCACCCCCAUUGCAA